CUGACGGACCUAUAACAUCCAGUUGUUGUACAAUCUUCACAGAGAAAAAGAAAACACAAUGUUGAGUGCAGCAACUUCACCAGCAGCUGUCUCAUUUCUUUGCCAAAAUGAAGUUUUUUCAUCAUCAAAUCCUUUUCCAAUCUUAACUAAUUCUGUUAAAUACCCAUUUUCCACUUUCUCCAAAAACUACUCUCUAUCUUCUUCUUCUUCUUCCCAAAGACCCUUUUCUUCUACUGUAAAAGUUUCAGUCUCUGAUGGUACUGAAACCAUUAAAGAUGAACAAGGCAUUAGCCAAACCCCUAAAGAAGAAUCAGCUUUAAAUUCAAUUGAAGAAGACAUUCGGCAAUCUCGGAGGUCUGAUGAUUGGAAGGCAGCAAGAGCAUACAAAGAAAAGGGAUCCAUCUAUGAGGGUAGGGUUGAAGGAUUCAAUGGUGGUGGUUUGCUGGUUCGGUUUUAUACAAUACUUGGAUUUCUUCCCUAUCCGUUGUUGAGUCCUUCACAUGCUUGUAAAGAACCCCGCAAAUCUAUGCAAGAGAUCGCGAAAGAUCUGGUUGGUUCACUUAUUUCGGUGAAGGUAACCCAAGCCAGUGAAGAGGACAGAAAACUGAUCUUCUCUGAGAAGGAAGCCAUGUGGUCAAAGUAUUCUGGAAAAAUCAAAGUAGGGCAAAUUUUUGACGCGAGGGUGGGAUCAGUUGAAGACUAUGGUGCCUUUGUUCACCUACUCUUUCCGGAUGGUUACCAUCAUAUUACUGGACUAGUGCAUGUCUCUGAGGUCUCUUGGGAUUUGGUUCAGGAUGUUAGAGACAUCCUAAAUGAGGGUGAAAAAAUCCGUGCCAAAGUUAUUCAAAUAGAUAGGGAAAGGUUGAGGGUUACAUUGUCAAUCAAACAGUUGGAGGAUGAUCCUCUUUUAGAGACAUUGGACAAAGUGAUUCCUCAGGAGGGUCAAUCAGGGUUUGAUUCUUCUACAGCAUCCGACGAUGUCAACAUUGAACCUCUUCCUGGACUUGCUAGCAUAUGCGAAGAGCUACUUAAAGAAGAUGGAAUAACUGAUGUGAAAAUCAGUCGGCAAGGAUUUGAGAAACGUGUUGUUUCACCAGAUCUACAACUUUGGCUUUCAAAUGCACCUGCUGUUGAUAAUCAGUUCACCCUCCUUGCCCGAGCUGGCAGACAGGUGCAAGAAGUACAUCUUGAGACUACACUUGAUCAAGAGGGCAUCAAAAAGGCACUGCAGCGAGUGUUAGAACGUUUACCAUAAACACUGCCAGGUUCCUAAUUUUUGGUAUCAGCAUAGUCCUAAGUUGGUAAAGAAACUUUAAUGAGCAUGUAUUAUUCGAUUCUACAAUUCCAUUGUUUUCUGUACAGAAAAUGACUUAUUCGAAAGCAUAACCACAAUCAUAAUUGUAUAUUUGUUUUAAUAUAAAGAAGUUUGAAAGUUAAGAACGUA